AUGUUUAGGCUGAAGAAGACGUUUAACUUGAGGGCGAUGAUAUCUGAGCUGAAAAGCUCCCUUGCCGAGAAGGAUUCUAAGCUGAGCUCUUCUGCUGCUGACUUGGUUAGUCUAAAAGAUGCCUACUUUCGUCUUGAGCUUAAGAAUGCUGACAUCUCCCUCAGUGAUGACAAGCUUCUGGCUAGACUUUGUGCCUACCCCAAGUCUGCUGAAAAAUCCAAGUUCGAAGCCAUCACAGAUGCAUACAAGUUGGGCUACUUACACUGCGCAAAUGGGACUGCUCCCUUUUAUGCAAUUGAAGACGGAGGCAUCAAGACGCUCUGCCUUGACUUGUUCCAUGUGCAAAGUGGGCAGGAGGAGGGCAUAGCUGAUGAGAUGGUGGCAGAUGUCGUGGAGCAGGCAGGUGGAGCUGCUCAAGGCGUGGCUGAUCAGGUGGAUGCCAAAGAGGCUGCAGAUUAA